UUCUGACCCCAGAGUGGAUGAUGCAGUCAGGGCCGAACCACUGAUUGGAGUCUGAAGAAUUCCCAUCUUCACGUUGGCCAUCUGUUGAGAUAAGAUGCAAGAUUCUUACAAGGAUAGGACUUCAUUGAUGAAGGGCGCCAAGGACAUAGCCCGAGAGGUGAAGAAACAAACAGUAAAGAAGGUGAAUCAGGCAGUGGACCGGGCCCAGGAUGAAUACACGCAGAGGUCCUACAGUCGGUUCCAAGAUGAAGAGGACGAUGACUGUUCCCCGCCGGGAGAGACCUAUAAUGGGGAGGCCAAUGAUGAUGAAGGCUCCAGUGAAGCUACUGAGGGUCAUGAUGAAGAUGAGGAAAUCUAUGAAGGGGAGUAUCAGGGCAUCCCCCGUAUGAACCAAGGGAAGGACAGCAUUGUGUCAGUGGGGCAGCCCAAGGGGGAUGUGCACAAGGACCGGCAGGAGCUGGAGUCAGAGAGGAAAGCCGAUGAGGAAGAACUAGCCCAGCAGUAUGAGCUGAUAAUCCAAGAGUGUGGUCACGGCCGUUUCCAGUGGGCCCUUUUCUUUGUCCUGGGCAUGGCCCUGAUGGCGGACGGCGUGGAGGUGUUUGUUGUCGGCUUCGUGUUGCCCAGCGCGGAGACAGACCUAUGCAUUCCAAAUUCAGGAUCCGGGUGGCUAGGCAGCGUAGUGUACCUUGGCAUGAUGGCAGGGGCUUUCUUCUGGGGAGGACUGGCAGACAAAGUGGGAAGAAGGCAGUCUCUGCUGAUUUGUAUGUCUAUCAAUGGAUUCUUCGCCUUCCUUUCUUCAUUUGUCCAGGGUUAUGAAUUCUUUCUCUUCUGUCGCUUAGUUUCUGGAUUCGGGAUCGGAGGAGCUAUUCCCACGGUGUUCUCCUACUUUGCUGAAGUGCUGGCCCGAGAGAAGCGGGGGGAGCAUCUGAGCUGGCUCUGCAUGUUCUGGAUGGUUGGUGGCAUCUACGCCUCUGCCAUGGCCUGGGCCAUCAUCCCGUAUUAUGGAUGGAGCUUCAGCAUGGGGUCAGCUUACCAGUUUCACAGUUGGCGUGUGUUCGUGAUAGUCUGCGCGCUCCCCUGUGUCUCCUCGGUGGUGGCCCUCACAUUCAUGCCUGAAAGCCCACGGUUCUUGCUGGAGGUUGGAAAACAUGAUGAAGCGUGGAUGAUCCUGAAGUUAAUUCAUGACACAAACAUGAGAGCACGGGGUCAGCCUGAGAAAGUCUUCUCGGUCCACAGAAUCAAAACCCCCAAACAAAUAGAUGAGCUGAUUGAAAUUGAGAAUGACACACGCACGUGGUACAGAAGGUGUUUUGUCCGGAUCCGCACGGAACUCUAUGGAAUUUGGUUGACUUUCAUGAGAUGUUUCAACUACCCCGUCAGGGAAAAUACGAUAAAACUUACAAUUGUUUGGUUCACCCUGUCCUUUGGGGCGACAGGUUUUGGCUUCUUGAAUGCCCUAUGCAAAGCAGCGGCCGUCCUUGGAAACUUAAUAUUCGGCUCCCUGGUCAGCUUCACCAAAUCGAUCCCCAUCCUGCUGGCCUCCACUGUGCUGGUGUGUGGAGGACUGGUGGGCUUGCGCCUGCCCGACACACGAACCCAGGUCCUGAUGUAAUGGGGAACAAGCCAUCCGUAAUACUGCAUUUCUUUCUCCUGCCCUGUGUCGACCCUCCGGACUGACUCAAGGCUUCAGAUUUUUUUUUUUUUUUUUUUCAGAUCUCAAAAGGUGGUAAAAUAGCAGAACACUAACUCUUGCCGUGACUGAAAUGUAGAUGCAUACCAUCCUGCCCCUUAGAUGUGAGUGUGCAGUGUUUUUCAGGCCUUGUUUCCCUUCCGACCUGGGAUGCUCCCGGCUCCCAACAGUCAGUCAGUGGAAGCGUUGUUGAAGUGUCCUCGGCAGCCGGGCCGCCCUGAGAUCCUGCUCCCUGAAGGUUGAGGAGCCUAUGCUGCCCUAAGAAAUAGAUACUGCUUCUGACUUCACAUUCACGGGAAAUAUAAGUUGGCAUAUUAUUGCAUUUGUGCUGAGGAGAGGGAUUCUUCUUUUUUUUUUUUUCAAACAGAGUGAUAUUUCCUGUUUACUUAGAAAAGGACACCCAGCUUAAUUCUUGCUGUUACAGCAGGGCCUUUCAAAGAAAACCAUGUGGCCCCAAACGGAGCUGGGUGGGGCUCUUUUGAGGCCUGACAGGGAAGGUGGCUUUGCUAACAAGACGGAUAAAGGCUAUGCCCUGAGCAGCAAAGAUCUGAGUGAACGGCAUACACCAGAUUUCUGCCCAGUUCCAGUCCUGAAAAAUCUGAGGAGGGAGUCGCGCUGGUGUCUGUGAUGGUGGCCUGGGGGCCAGAACGUUAGAAGAUCAGAGAUCAGAGACAGAUCUUCUGCCUCUGUUUACCCCCGUCUCCUCCCCGCCCCCACCCCAGCUACCCUUGAUCUUGCCAGGGAGCAGAUCCCAAGAGAGAGAGCCACUUUCCGAACCCUGGGUCUGCCUGCCUCAUUCUGCCCUUCGUCCAAACUGUGUUCAGUCUAGAGAUGGUCGGUCGUCUCCGUUGUUGUAAGUUGCAAAUGAGGAAGAAGUCCACCCUCUAGAGGCGUUUGGAAAGGCAAAAUGCUGACUUGAGGGUACCACCUUUCUGAGGGACGGCGCCCCCGCACCCUUGACACUGGGCUUUCUAGCUGGUAGCGCCGAAGUGGGUCUUCUUCCUCUAGCUUCCACUGGUCCUUGUGCUCCCGGCUGCCAGCUCUGAGUGGAACCCCAGCCGGCUUAGUCCAAGCAAGGGGCCCUCUGGCAGACAAGGUGGUUUGGGGCUGCUUGCUUUACCUCUGGAAUCCUCCUGGCCCUGGAAGACAGGUCAGCAGGACAUUCCCACGGGCUGUCAGCUCUGCGACCUUCUCACCCCUCAGGCCUGCCCCUCCUCCAGGCUCAUCCUUUUUAUUCAUCUUCUUUGAAAUCUGAAGCCUCCUUAUAGACUUGCAGCAGUGACCAGCAGCCAGGAAUAAAUCCCAUAUUAAAACAGUAUUCCUGUUUUUAACUCUGUCUUGUCAAAGGGUUAUCCUUGUUACUUAUUAUAGCAUUUCCAGCAGGUUGCAGCCCCGGGUCCCCGGGAAGGGAGAGCCUUUGUUUCCAAUAGCCAUUCCCUUCAAAGCCCCAUCCUGACCCCAAAGGCCCUCUGCCUCCUUCUCCCCUUCCUAAUGGUGCUCCUGGAGCUCCAGAGUGCAGAGUUCUGACUCUCUGAAACAUUUCUUUCAUGAACAUAGCCAUGAAUCGAUCACCCCUUGAAGUCAUUCAGGUCUGUAAAGGGGGCAGCCUGGUGUUGGAGGCUGGCAGGAAGAGGGUGGUUCCCUGGGGAGGUCAGCCCAGGGCCAGAACAUCAGCAAAACGCCAACCCCAAACUGCAAAGGUGGCAGAAAGAGGGAGAAUCAGACAAGACUAGAUGAGAUCUCUUGGGCUGAUGCCAGCAAAGCAGGGAAAGAAACGGAACCGCCUCUCACUUCUGCCUCUGUAAUAUUCCUGGAGAACAAAGCUAGCAUUCACACAACCCGGGAAGGUAGCCUGUAUAUUAUUCUUCCACGUGGAUUCAUUUCCCUACCUACCUACCCCUUGAUUCAUCUUCUUCAAAGAGGCGCAUGUGAGGACCCGAGCAGGGCUGUUUUAGUUGAACACAGCAUGUACAAUCACAACUACCAAAGUAAGAUGUGUUUGUUCAUCAGCCCAUUCAGAAGCAAGAGAAAUGUGCAUGGAUGUCGUUGUCUCUAGUCUUCUUAGCUUUCUGAAAGUGAAGAUAGUCCGGUAAGCAAAGUCCACUAUCAUAAAUGUCUCACAUGUCUGUUGUAGCACUAAAUGUGUACAAAGUCUCCCAAGCUGCAGAGCUUAGCAGAUGCAGAGUUUUAUUUGAACAUUGGCUGGGUCAGAAUGAGAUUAAAUGAGCAGAACCCCACUUUGUGAGACCUGACACCAUACAUCCCCUUCACAAGGGCCUUUCUUGGCCUUCCCGUCACCUGAUCCAAGCCUCCCAGGUGGCCCAAGAGGGAUCUAUUCUAAUCUCCUGGACAGUCUGUGGUCACAAACCUUCUUGGUCACCACCUUUUCCACCUUCCAUGCAGUUUUCUCUGCCUCCUUUGCAUUGUUCCCAUCACCUUGAUUUUCUCUGAGAGAGCUCAGGUUGUCCCCGAAGUAUGUGGCAGGGCCUGUCUGGCUUGUUGUGGGGUUAGCUGGCUUAAGAUAGAGCCGUGUGAUUACACAGGAACUCAGCUCUGUCCACGGAGCAGCCUGCUGGCGCCGGGACCUGUGACCAGCAUCUCGUUUCAUCCACAAAAGAAGAAAAACGAGAGUAUGUGCCAAAAGGGACGCCUAGGAAACCGUUCCACUUGCUCCUGUAUUUCUGACUCCUUUUCUAUCCAAAAUGUCCUCCUAGCUCUUUGGAAUCAAUCCAGAAUGCCAAACCCAGAGGCCGGGGAUCACCUUACACCCAGAGUAGUGACCCUGGGAGAGAAGAUAGAUGGGCCCUAGCCGCCUCCUUCAUGCUGGACUCAUCUUCGCAAGCACCAAAUAGGUUUAGUCUAGGAACGGACAAAUUACCAAGUAGGCAGGUUGUUUGGGAAGCCCCUAGGAAUAGGCCAGAAAACAUAGUUCCUAUAUUGUGUGUGUGCUGCCCGCUUCUUAGGAUCCUGAACAUUAUCUCCACUCAGUGCUGGUUUGAUGGUUAUCAUUGCCUGCUCAGGAAAGGGACCCACCCCGCCACAUGGACACGGUUAGAAAACUCUCUGGUCACCAUGCUCUCCCAAAGGCUGUGUCCUGUAGCUGUCCUCUUUUCUCCCUUUUGUUCUUGAAAUAGGAAGACCUAUGGCUGCAGAAACUGAGUCUUGAAUUGAUACCCCUAAGUUGGCAAAUGCACCUUCAUUUACAAAUCUCACCAAAGCAGACUGCAGAUGUGCACCAAAACCUGCUUCGCUGCUUCUCUGGAUGUCUUUAGAUAUCAUGGGAGAGGUGGGGAAAGAAAUGUAGUGUCAGAGACAGUGCAAGAUACCGCAGAGAAGGUUCCAGUGAAGGGCACACUGGAGCCUUUCUAAACCCUGGGAUCAUUUCAGAGUCAUUUCGUGGGCAUACCUUUUGAUUCCCUCUGCCAACCAAAAUAGAAUAUGACAGUCUCCAGUCUUUUCUAUUUAAUAUCAAAAUGGCCCUUAUCUCUUUCUUCAUCUGUUCAGUGCACUAAAGGCUCUGAAGUCGGAGAUGUCUGAAUUUGGCUUUUACCUGGUAUCCUAGAAAGACAAGUGGUUGGUUGGUAAGGUUCAUAUUGGUGUAUAUUUGGUUUUCCUCUAACCCCCAUGUCAUGCUGAACUUAGUUCAGUGACCAAAGCUACAGACACACAAGUUAUGUGGCAACAACAGAAAGAACUCUACACCACAGGGCACUCAGAUGAACUAUACAUUUCUUACGGUUUUCGCUUCUGCCAAACAAUGUAUGUUUUGAGAAGAGCUUUCCUCGCAGUAUGUAUGACGUAGACAAAAGAAAAUUCUCAGUGUCUCCUAGACAUAUGUGUCCCUUUAUUGUCCCGGGUAUGGAGUGCCAGUUCUCCGUGUGAUGUUCCCUUGCUCCAUCCCUCCUAUCAGCAGCAUCCCACCCACCAGACACAGCUUUGCCAGAGCCUUCUUGGCUCUUUCUCCGACAAUACCUAGAUCUCAGUAAUCCCAGGAUUCUGAGUUACAAGGAUACGGUUCGUGGAUCUGUCUAGGCCCUUGUUUAAGGCCGGCGAGGCUGGGUGGGGCAAAGAGGUGGCGAGAGCAUUGCCUGGUCUCUUGUCCUUUCAUGUGAUUAUUCAGUACAUACUGAUGGAGCUCUUCCCUGUGCUGGGUUAUAAGCCGCUAGUGAACGCUUUAGGGACUUGAGUGAAGGCAGAGGAAAUGGGCGUGAAAGAGAAAACAGCGGCAAUGGGGUCUCAUAUGGAAGCCCCCGCCCUAUAAACACCAAGUGUUGUUUUCCCAAAUUUAAAAGAAGCCCUAGCCUACGGUGGGCAGUCGAGAAACUACUCAGGCAUUGGGACUGUCUGUGAUGGGAGGAGAAGGCCCCUCAGUUUCUCGGCCUUUGUUGGAGGGACUGCUACUAAUCCUUGGGAAAUGAGAGAGACGAAGGCACACAUGCUGUUGCGUUGAGUGCCUCGGCAUGAAGUCGCGCUGAGGUGUCACUCAAGGGAAGGUAGCAGCCGCAAAGAUAGCCCCUUCUCCGUAGAGACGCUGGCUUUUAAAGUCCCGGAGUUCUUUCCAUGGCCCGAGACGAGAGGUGGGGGCCGGGAGGUCUGGCCCAGAGUGAAGUCAGCGCCCCACUCAGCGGCAGCCCUGUCCCCUGGCCUCAGCUUCCCGAGCUGUUUCCUUUCUGAUUCUGAAGACUGGCGUCCACUGUCUUUGCAGAUAGGCUGGAGACGCUUUGCCCCCUCUCGCCUCGGCAGAUAAGCUCCCCAGAAAACAGGUUCUGACCGUUAGUGGCCUGAGCUUUUCGGAUUUUAGUUCAAAACCAGUGCAGAGCUGUUGCCAAGUGUCUUGAAGCCACAAGGACCUUUGGGGCUCUGGGGCCUGAGGGGAAGCAGAGCAGAGAGAGUAAUUGGUGGGGACCCCCCUCCCCUCUGGGAGCCCCGAUUUCCUCUUUCACCCACAAACCCUCUCCUCCUUACCUCCCCGCGGCCGUACACACUCACUUCCUUUCUUUUCCAUCUAUUCUUCUUCCUCCUUGCCUCCUCUGGUCACCUCUUGACUCCAGCCGUGCACAGAGGCCAGGCCAAGCUUUCCUGGCACACUUGGGACUGAAGGAUGCGCCCAUCCAUGCCUCUGGUGGAGGCCCAAAGGGUGAAGAAGGUGUUGAAUGGCAGUGGGUGCGGGGAGUCUAAGCUCCAGACUGUGGGUGUUGACACAGCUCCGUGAACCAGAGAUUUCUAGCUGCUUCUCCCUCCCGUGCAUGAUGAGAUGGCCACCAUUGGCAUGGGACCCGAAAGAGGCCCAUUUCUGGGGCAGAAGUCUGAGACCUUAGCAUUGGACUCCCAAAAGAAAGACGAGGUAGCCCGCAGCAAGGCUCUCGGAAUUCAUUGACCCCUGGGAGGUAGGGGCGCUGCUCCGGGCCUGCAGAGGGUCUGCUCGGUGCCAAAGGCUGGGGGCUUUCUAUUCCGAUUUAAAUGCUGACAUUGCAGAGGCUGCCCGCUCCCUGCCUACCCUGCCAGUCAGACUCCCCUUAGAGCCAAGAGUGCCCAAAACUAGGAGGAGGAGAAAGCAGCCCUCGGCCCUCUGUUCAGACUCCGACAGGGCUUAACACCAGCCUAGCAGACCACCCUAGAAGCAGGGGUGUAGAGUGACUGGCGGAGCCUGCUCACGGGAACGGGGGCCCCGAAAGCCAGCGAUGUGCGGGAGCAGACUCAAACCCGUUCCCCAGAGGCAGUCCUUUCGGGCAUUUUGUGAGCCAGUUGGGAAACACAGCCAUUAUACUAAAAAUUAGAUUAUGUAAACUUACAAUAAUAAAUAUGCGAAAGUCAUCGCUUUCUAAUUAUUUUACCACACGUUAGCAUCACCCGUGCCCUUGGGGUGAUGGACACUGUGGUCUCUGGAUGGUAGAGAUGCUGUAGACUGUUGCACACAUCUUCCCAACUCCACAUUCAGUGACGUCACAUUCAUAGCUUGGAAUCAGCCGGAGGGGGUGGAGGGGAGGAUUUACACCGUGGAAAUCUACCAAGGCUGCCGAGCAGACUCUUAGCCCCGAAGCCCCGACCGCUGUGUGGCCUCCCACUGCACGGACCCAGGCCACACCAAAUUGAGUCCUGUAGGUUUGUGGGUCAGCAUCGCCCACAUGUCCGAGGGAAGGAAAGACUUAGCAAGCUCAACCUCACGUCAGUACACGAAGGGUUUCUUUCUGCAUUUGUAUUGACUCAGAACAGGACCCACCGUGCAGAGAAUCUGCCGCUUCCUAUGGGUAUUGCUCCUUCGGGGAGAAUGUACAGUAAGUUGACUAAUGUAUGCUGUGCGAACAAAAAUAAGCUCGUUUGAAGCUAUGAAGUGUCUCCCCUCCCACACCCAAGUAGGUGUCCAAGAAGGAAACUCCUUCCUUGCCCUUGACAUUCACCAGGCCUGCCUGGAUAGAACUGGACAGAUUUGCUUAAUCUCACUUCCACCACUGUUGUUAGACAUUUAUUGUGCCAAAUCUAUGUCCUGAAUCAAACAGAAGAAAAAAGAAAUGUUCUUUCUUGAUACGUGCUUUUAUAACAUCUAAAAAGUGGUUAUGUACCCUCGACCUGACCCGGGAACAUGUUGAAUAGAUCAUGUGUCCUUCACUGAUGUCUAGAUACUGUAAAUAAAGUCCUGCGAGGGCUUUUUUUCUUUCAGGUAAACCUCCAUUUUUGGACACAUGCUAAGCCCACCAUCCACUCUCCUUCGCAGCGAGAUCUUGGCAGGGGUCCCGUCCUUGGUUUUGGCGUUCGGCUGUUUUGUUUUGUUCUGUCUUGUUCCUUUCCUGUUUUCACUGCUCUGUAAGACCUCCUGCUGUGAAUGUUCUAGUUACCCCAGUUGUACUGUAUAUAUGUGCUGCAUGUGUGAACCCCAAUAAAUUCUGUUUCAGGUU